AUGAAUCUCAGGGGUACGAAGAAUCAGAAUGCAUCACUAUCCGCCAAUGCUUCAACGAAUGUAAUAAGGAAAAAGGUUGAACCUGAAACUGCAAAGUACUUUCUGGAGAUAUCGAAUCUCUUUGACAAUAAGGAGAUUGAUUUGGAGGACCGGUCGACCAUAUGCGCUAAUGCUCUGGAGGAAACUAAAGGGAAAGAGCUCCAACUCGUCACUGAUGGUGUAAUAAGCCACACCUUGCAGAUUCUUGUCCAAGGCUGCGAGUUGGAGCCGUUGUGCAUGUUCCUCCGCAGCUGUAUUCACUCUUUUCCUGUUAUUGCCAUGGACAAAUUUGGAUCUCAUGUGGCUGAAGCAGCUCUCAAGUCACUGGCAACACAUCUUGAAGAUGGGACCUCCAGGGUCAUUGUACAAGAGAUAUUGAGCAAGAUAUGCAAGGUUAUUGCUGCCGACGCUACUAAUGUGAUGUGCAGCUGCUAUGGAUCUCAUGUUCUAAGGACGCUUCUCUGUCUUUGUAAGGGUGUCCCAUUAGAUUCAUUGAAAGAUUUCCACACGACAAAGAGAUCUGCUGUUCUGGCUGAACGAUUGAGCUGUGGUUCAAGUAGAUCAGGCGACCAGAAUCCCACAAACUUCGAACGUGGUUUCUCAGUGCCUGUUUGUUUGGGCUGCAGCUGA